ACUUGAUGACAAAGUCAUAUCAAUACCUUUUGCCACCCCCAUUUUAUAGGGUAGUUCCCUUCAGAGCUUAAAGGUUAGGAUUCAUAUAACAAGCUGUAGCACAUGCCUGAAAAAAACCUAGAUGGAAAUGGAGGUUUUCAAUUUCCAUGCUAGACCUCUUCCUGCCUCAAUAUUAACUGGGGUGGUGGGUGUGCCAGUGAAGAGAGUUGUGACCCCUACCACACUUCAACCCUUCAAGCUGUUAGCUGAUGAACGGGUGACCAUUAAAGCUGAGCGUAGAAAGCAAAAGAUAAAAGAGGAGAAAAAGAGAUGGAUGGAGGCAGUCACCUUCAAAGCCAGACCAAACACUGUUACUCACAAAGAACCCUUCAGGCCUCGGAAGGAGAAUCAUGCCAGUCCAACUCCAGUGGGAUUCAAUUUACAAACUGAACAAAGGGCCAGAGAAUGGCUGAUGCUGGACCAGCUGAAGAGGUCCAGGGAAGCCCUCAGAGUGGUCAUGGAGCAGGAAAGACUCUGGGAGCAGGAGCAAAUGGAGAAAGUGGCCGUUGCCAAACUUCGUCGAGAACAGGUUCACAAAGCCCAAAGUAUCAGGCGCUACAAACCACUGAAGCCAAAGGCUGAGAUCCCUGUGACUAUCCCUCAGUCUCCCCAGUUCUCUCACAGAAUACUCUUUAGGAAUAGAUUUUAGCAAUACAACAAUGUAUUUAUUUAUUGUACUUUGCAUAGUUUAUAUAGAGUUUAUUGUUUUUAUUUUUUACCCAAGUGUGCAUAAACCAGUGCUUUUCUUUUUAAAUCAACCUAAGCUUCUAAGGGCACACCACAUGGUUAAGUGGACUUUUUAUUCAACAAUGGACUGUCAUCCAAUGUUGACAUUUGAUUUAAUUUAACAGUAUUGGCUGCCUGUUGUAUAUUAUGAAUUUGUACAUACAAAAUAAAGAAUAUUUAAUAAACACUGGAUUAUUUAACAAA